GUCUGAACAACUAGAAGCCCUAAUCUGAGUCUCAAACUCCUCGUAGCAAUCCGGCUCACACAGAUACACACGGGCGCUCGGCGAAUGAUAGCUGUGUGCGAAAGCAAUGCCCGGCCAAGGAUAAAGUUUGCACUGAAGAGAUUGCUAGAGGAACGACAACAAAGGGGGAUAGAGUUUAGCAAGACUCAAGAAGUUAUUCACCGAGUUUUGCUCAGAAAAUGAAGAAAAAGAACCUAUCGAAGAAUGCAAAAGCAGCUGAGCAGAACCCUGUGGCAGAAAACAUGAAGAAGCCGCCACCACCUAUCACAUCUUCUGUGACACCUAAGAAGCUAAAGUGUGGCAGUGAAAUCGAUGAAAUCUUUGCAGGGAAAAAGAGAAAGAAGCCGGAGAAGCCUAAAAAAAGGGCUAUGAAGAACAAAAGGAAGGAUAGCAAAGAUGGUAAAGAAAAUGGUUCGAUCUCUGGUUUAAGGUCUAGGAAAAGGACGGGAGAUGGGCUUGCAAUUUAUACUGAGGAGGAAUUGGGUAUCGGCAAGGCGGAUGCCGGAGGUACUCCUCUCUGUCCGUUUGACUGCGAUUGCUGUUUUUGAUAUUAUAGGAAUGGAAUAGAAUGGAGGAGACUUUGGAUUGUUUUGGUAACUAAAUCUUCAAAAAUAUUAGGGAAAAUAGCGGAUAACAAGUAGUUUUAGAUUGAGAAAAAUGGGCCGGCCAUAUAUAAUGUCUUAAGAAUUGAAUCAAACUGGCGAUCACUCCAAUCACCCAACAUGCUGGCUAGACAAUGUCUGGUAAAUUAUAUCAUGGAUUAUGAUCUAUCUUGUCUUGUAUUGUAGACCCUGAUUCAAAAAUAAUAUUUAGACUCUGUAUAUGUAAAUGCUGUGGACCAUGGGACAAAUGCUGUGCAGAUUACAAAUGGAAUUUCAUUUUCAUAUUGCA